GUCCCGGACGCGCCCCGCCCCCGGCCGCUUGUCGCCAGGGGCCGCUCGCGGGUCCGGUCUCCUAGGCAACCAGGCGCUCCGCCCCUCCGCCCCUUUAACCUUUAGGGUCCGCUGGGCCGAGUCCUGCGCUCGCUCCCUUCUCCCCUCAGUUUCCACUCUUCGCCGGGGCUGUCCCGGCCGGAAGCGAAGAUGGCGGCGGCGGCGGGUGCGGCGUCAGCCGAGCUGGUGAUCGGCUGGUGCAUCUUCGGCCUCCUGCUCCUGGCUAUUUUGGCAUUCUGCUGGGUUUAUGUUCGUAAAUAUCAAAGUCAGCGGGAAAGUGAAGUUGUCUCCACCAUAACAGCGAUCUUUUCUCUGGCGAUUGCUCUCAUCACAUCAGCACUUCUACCAGUGGAUAUAUUUUUGGUUUCCUACAUGAAAAACCAAAAUGGUACAUUUAAGGACUGGGCCAACGCUAAUGUCAGCAGACGGAUCGAGGACACCGUAUUGUAUGGUUACUACACCUUAUAUUCUGUUAUAUUAUUCUGUGUGUUCUUCUGGAUCCCUUUUGUCUACUUCUACUAUGAAGAAAAGGAUGAUGAUGAUACUGGUAAAUGCACUCAAAUUAAAACGGCAUUCAAGUAUACUUUUGGAUUUGCUGUGAUUUGUGCACUACUUCUUUUAGUUGGUGCUUUUGUUCCAUUGAAUCUUCCCGAUAACAAAAAUUCUACAGAGUGGGAAAAGGUGAAGUUCCUGUUUGAAGAACUUGGAAGUAGUCAUGGUUUAGCUGCCUUGUCAUUUUCCAUUAGUUCUCUGACCCUGAUUGGAAUGUUGGCAGCUAUAAUCUACACAGCCUAUGGCAUGUCGGCCUUGCCUCUAAAUCUGAUCAAAGGCACUAGAAGCGCCGCUUACGAACGUCUAGAAAACACUGAAGACAUUGAGGAAGUGGAGCAGCACAUCCAAACGAUUAAAUCGAAGAGCAAAGAUGGUCGACCUUUGCCAGCAAGGGAUAAACGCGCCUUAAAACAACUUGAAGAAAGGUUACGAACACUUAGGAAAAGAGAGAGGCACUUAGAAUUCAUUGAAAAUAGCUGGUGGACUAAAUUCUGUGGUGCCCUGCGUCCCCUGAAGAUCAUUUGGGGAAUAUUUUUCAUCUUAGUUGCAUUGCUGUUUAUAAUUUCUCUCUUCCUGUCCAAUUUGGAUAAAGCUCUUCAUUCAGCUGGAAUAGAUUCUGGUUUCAUAAUUUUUGGAGCUAACCUGAGUAAUCCACUGAAUAUGCUUUUGCCUUUACUACAAACAGUGUUUCCUCUUGAUUAUAUUCUUAUAACAACUAUUAUUAUGUACUUUAUUUUUACUUCAAUGGCGGGGAUUCGAAAUAUUGGCAUAUGGUUCUUUUGGAUUAGAUUGUAUAAAAUCAGAAGGGGGAGAACCAGGCCCCAGGCGCUCUUAUUUCUCUGCAUGAUACUUCUGCUUAUUGUGCUUCACACUAGCUACAUGAUUUACAGCCUCGCCCCCCAGUAUGUUAUGUACGGAAGCCAAAACUACCUGAUAGAGAGCAAUAUAACUUAUGAUGCCCAUAAAGGCAAUUCAACCCUUUCUGUGCCAAAGAGAUGUGAUGCAGAUGCCCCUGAAGAUCAGUGUACUGUCACCCGGACCUACCUGUUCCUUCACAAGUUCUGGUUCUUUAGUGCCGCCUACUACUUUGGUAACUGGGCCUUUCUUGGGGUGUUCGUGAUUGGGUUGAUUGUCUCCUGCUGUAAAGGGAAGAAGUCGGUCAUUGAGGGGGUAGAUGAGGCUGACUCAGACCUGAGUGAUGAGGAACCCUCUGUCUGACGGCUUCUGUUGCACAGGUUUACUAAGCUGACUCUGCAUCUCUUGUGCAUUUGUAAAGUGUCAAGCUAACAUUAGGAUGUGAACUGACUAGCUUUCAUCAAAAAUGGGAGCAUGGCUAUUAAAAAAAAAAACUAUAUUUUUUAUGUUUUCUGAAGUAACAUUAUUGUAUCAUAGAUUGACAUUUUAAAUUGCUAUAAUAAUACUAUGUAAAUAUAAAAGUACCAGCCUUGUGAGGGAAUGUUUGUGGAAAUUUUUUUUUCCUCUAGUGUAUGAUAGUGUUGAAUUGAUUAAAAAUCUUCCAGAAUUAAUAUUCCCUUUGGUCACUUUUUUAAAACAUAAUAAAUCACUUGUAUCUGUGCCUUUGGGUCUCUAGA